GUGGCCCGCGGGCGGCCUGGGUGUGACGGUCCGGCCACUCCCUCAAGGCGGCGGUGCCCUCGGGCUGUAGGGACGAGCAUCGCCUCAUCCAUUUUUUCUAUUUUUAUUUUUAUUUAUUUUUAUUUUUUUUCAAGGGAAAGACUUUGUACUGUUGGAUUUUGGUCUUAACUCCUCCUGAGGAGUUGGAAGAUCGGAAGUGUUCGUGCGGUUAAGUUUCAGAAUAGGAAAAUGCUUUAAAAAACCGAAGAUUUACUAUUUCAACAGGAUUUGCUGAGAGGAAGCAUCUCCUGUGAAUUCAAAUGGACUCAGUGACCUUUGAGGAUGUGGCUGUGUACUUUGCCAAAGAAGAGUGGCACUUACUGGAUGCAUUUCAGAGAAACCUCUACAUAGAUGUGAUGCUGGAGAACUACCAGAACCUGGCCACCCUAGGAGUUCAGCUUGUCAAGCCCACCCUGAUCUCUUGGUUGGAAGAAGUAACUUUGUUGACUGUAGUAGAAGGUGGCAUUGCCCAGGAAUGGAAAGUGGACCUUAAGACAAAAGAGACAGAACUUGAGCUGGAUAGAUUUUGGUCAGAUAUAUCAAAGGAGCUACAACUGAGAAGAUUAACAAAGGCAGGAAGCCACAAUGGAGGGCAUCUCUAUGACUCUAAAAAGGGUGGAAAAUUCUUCAGUGAACACCCAUGCCUUCAGACACACAUGCAUAUUCGAAACACAGAGAAGAUUGCUGAAUAUAAUUGGUCCAGAAAAGACUUACUUCCUUCAGCCAAGAAAGCCUCUACUGAUGAGAAACUUUCCGUGUUGACUCAACGUGAAGGAGCCUUUUCCCUGGCGCCAGGCAGUGCUUACCAGAGGACAUGCAGUCCGGACAGUUCCUUUGAAUGCAGUGAUUGUGGAAAAGCCUUUAUUAAUCACUUUCAGCUUCAGGCACAUAGCAGAGCUCACAGUAAAGAAAGUUUUUAUGAAUUGGAGCAAAGUAAGAAAGCUUUUACUCAAUCCACAAAUUUUUCUGCUUUAGAGAAACACUAUGAAGGUAAAGAAUGUGGAAAAGCCUUCACUGUACACUCUGGUCUUACUACACAUAUACACAGACAUAAAAGGCAGAAGUCUUAUGAGUGUGUAGAGUGUGGGAAAGUGUUUGGUAAAUGCUCAGGGCUUAUUGAGCAUGUGAGAAGUCACACAGGAGAGAAACCUUUUAGGUGUAGCCAAUGUGGAAAGGCUUUUGCUUCUUUGUCUUAUCUUACUGCACAUUUGAGAACUCAUACUGGAGAGAAGCCCUUUGAGUGUACAGUAUGUGCAAAAGCAUUUACACGUUCUUCCUACCUUCGAAUUCACAUGCGAACUCAUACUGGAGAGAAACCCUAUAACUGUAAGGAGUGUGGGAAAACCUUUGCUGUGCGCUCAUGCCUUAAUAAACAUUCACGAACACACACUGGGGAGAAGCCUUAUGAUUGUAAGGAAUGCGAGAAGACCUUUACUAGCUUUUAUCAACUAACUGAACAUAUGAAAAUUCACACGGGUGAGAAACCCUUUGAAUGUCAGGUGUGUGCAAAAUCGUUUAGGAAUUCCUCAUGCCUCAAGAAGCACUUCCAAACUCAUACUGGAAUAAAACCAUACCAAUGUAAGGACUGUGGGAAAGCCUUCAGUGGACGGACUAGCUUUACCACUCAUGUAUUGACUCAUACUGGGGAGAAGCCCUAUGAGUGUAAGGAGUGUGGAAAAGCCUUUAGCACAUCCUCAGGCCUUAUUGAACACAUAAGAAGUCACACAGGAGAGAAACCCUUUGAAUGUUAUCAAUGUGGAAAGGCCUUUGCAUCUUCCUCAUAUCUUACUGCGCAUUUGAGAACUCACACUGGAGAGAAGCCAUUUGAGUGUACAAUGUGUGGUAAAGCAUUUACACGUUCCUCCUAUCUUUGUAGACACAUGAAAACUCACACUGGAGAGAAACCCUAUGUAUGUAAAAAUUGUGGAAAAGCCUUCAGUGAGUGCUUAUGCCUUAACAGGCACAUAAGGACACACAUGCAAGAGACCCCAGUCUGUGUUAGCACCGUGGAAGAGCAUUCAUCAGCUUUUCUUAACUCACCAAACUCAUAUUGGUGAGAAGCCAUGUACCAGAUCCUUUAGAAAUUCUACAUGCCUUAAGUUGUACUUCUGAAUGCACACUGGACUAAAACCAUGUCAAUUCAAGGAUUGUGGAAAGGACUUUAGUGUCCAUACUGGCUCAAUAUACAUGUACUGACUCACACUGAGGAAAAGCCAUAUGAAUGCAUUGAAUGUCAGAAUGCCUUCACUCCAUCUCACAUUUUUCACAUCCAAAAAGUCACACAGGAGAGAAACCUGUUGAAUGUAACCAGUGUGGGAGGCAUUUGUUUCCCCCUCAUCUCUUAAUGUACAUUUGAGAACUCACACUGGAGAGGAGCCCUUUGUGUGUACAGGGUAUCACAAAGCCUAUAUGGAAGAAUACUUAUAGGUAUUCUUCCUACUUCUGUAGUCACAUGAGAAUGCAUGCUGGAGAGCUACCCUAUGUAUGUAAAAACUGUGGGGAAUCCUUUACUGAACACUUAAGUCCUUACUAAACACUUAAGAAAACAUACUGUAGAGAAACCCUAUGAAAGCUUCUGCUGUUCAUACUUGAGCAGAUAUAAACUCCAAAUGGAAAUAAUAUGAGAAAGGCUUUACUUAUUCUUCUGAUCAUAUGAACAUAAAUAAUCACAGAGUGAAACUCAUAUAAAGAAUGAGAAAAUUCCAUUAAGAAGUACGCACAUUUUCAUAUUCACUAUCAUAUUUCAUUAUCAAGCUCAGCACAGGUAGUCACUUGUCCUAGAAGUGCUUAACAAAUGUACUGCUCUUUCUGAUUAUAGUUUCCAGUGCUCAUGUUAGUCCACUCAUAACUAUCUGUAACUCCAGCUUUAGGGAGAUCUGAUGUUUAUGGCCUCUGUGGAUACUUGUACUCAUAUGUACUCAUGUACUCAUGGUACUAUGCACAUACCUCACAUACAGACAUACACAUAAUUUAAAAUAAAUCAUAAAAAUACAGGAGGGCUUCAAAAUCAAGAUGCCCUAUGAAUGUAAUGAAUUAGGAAAAGUAACUGGAAUCAGCUCACAGUCUGACAAGUAGAAGAUCAUUCAAUAUAACCUAGAAACAACAUUAUUUCCUCAGGUUUUGGUAAGUAUGUGAACAAUUGCAAUAAAGCAAAAUACUAUUGAUAUGUGAUAUGUAUAGCAGUUAUAUGUGUGCUAAAUAAUUUAAUGUUCAUUGGUGGUCUCAAAGUAGAGAAUAACUUCAUGAAAAGAAAUACUAGAGCAUAUAUAUAUGCUCUAGUCAAUGUCAAAUGUGAUUCACAAUGAAGACAAAUUACAUGUAUGGAAUAUGG